UUCAACGCAAGUAUCACCGCCCCCUGAUCAUGUGAGAAGAAAGAUUUAAAAGGUCUUUUUUCCCGAAAGUUUCCAAGCUCUAUGUAAUCUCGCAGGGGCGAAAUUUUUAUUGUUCGGGCAGCAGAGACACUUGCCAUCUCAAUGCUGCAAACCUUUAUGAGCCUGAAUUCAGUUUCGCGACCGUAGUACACCAGCGUUUUACUUGAAAUACUUAUAUAAAAAGUGGUACAAGAAAUAUGUUCAAGAAGCAUAAAAGCAAAGUGUUGAUAGACUAUGCAUCGGAAGAAGACGACAUGUCGUGCAGUCACCGGCGCACUUUCAAGUAUAAAGAUCCAGAUGGUAAGGAGGAAAUCGCAAGUUCCGGGUCAAAGCAGAUCAAAAGCAAAAAAUCUAAGUCCAAGAGAGAGAAAAACAAGAAAUCUCUGUUUAAAGAUGAAGAUGAGCAUACACUCCUGACAGGUGCCGCUUCAGAAAACGGAAAGGGGUCCAGCAAAAAGCAGAAAGAUAGGGAAAGAAAGAAAAGCUAUAUUGAAAGGGGUCACUGCCUCUGGGACAGUAUUACCAUGUCGAUGAGGCAGAUCACACCCGCCAAGAGGGUGGGCAAGACGGAAAGCGGGGAAGCAGCACAUCUCAGCGAGGGGACCAGCGUGGUGGGCGAUGCCAGUGUUGAUGCCAUGCUACAGCCGGACAGGUGUUCCUCCUGGACUGGUGCAGAGGAGGACUCAUCAAGGUACACCAACCUGAUAGAAUCCAAAAUCCCCAGCAUCCAGUGGACGGCCAGGGCCAAGGGAAGGCUGGCUGAAAUUAGGAGGCGGAGCCGAGAGGGUGUUUCUGAAAGGUGGGAGGGGCUAAAAUAGAAUUAUACCUGGAUAGGUGCUGCUAUUGGUUUUUAAAAUUUGUACAUAUUUAUUUUAAAUUUCGUAACAGUCCUAGAUGUCUUUGGACUUUAAAAUGUUGAAAUAGUUUAACAUGCUGAAGCUAAUUGGAGUUACAAAAUUGCCCGUAGGAGUGCAUGUGUGAGUGAAUGGUGUGUGAGUGUGCCCUGCGAUGGGCUGGCCCCCCAUCCUGGGUUGUUCCCUGCCUCGUGCCCAUUGCUUCCGGGUUAGGCUCUGGACUGCUACCUAGAAGGAUAAGUGGUUUGGAAAAUGGAUGGAUGGAUAGCUUAUUACAGCCCUCAAACAUUCAUUUUGUGAGAAUACUAAAACCAAAAUCAUUAUACCUUUCAUAUUUAAAGAAUCAGAAUGAAAGAAAUUAGAACACUGGUAUUGACGAUGAGGUUUUGCUUAUUUGUCAUUUUUUACUCCAGGACAGUAAUAAUGAUUAUUGUAUCCUGCAUUGUACUGUACUGUGAUAUAGAACCUAGAUGGCAAAGCUGCACCAGCUAGUGCUCAAUAGGUAAUAAUUCUUGCAGCUUGUCGGUCGCAGAAACUGAUUUGAAGCAUUUGUUUUUCCUGCCUUACGAUCCACAGAUCAGGAACCUUUAUGCAGCCUGAAAAACUACUCCAUGUAAUUGUUUUCUUUCUUACAACAUGUGAAAACGGUUUAACAAUGAUUAAGAAUAGUACAAUGGUUAAUAUAUAAAGAACAACUUCCCUGGUGACUCCAAGCUAAAUUUAAAUAGAGAAAGGAAUGACCAGACAACUAUUUAUUUGCAUUAUGGUUCUGUAAUGUUUGUUCAGUCCUUAUUGAGAAGAGUCAUGUGUUUCAAAACAACCUUUAGGAAAAAGUGUAAUGUGUAGAAAAAUAGAACAUUUUAAUUGGAUUUACUAGUCAUAGAUUUACUACUUUAAACCAUACAAUGCCGUGUUGUUCAUUUAAAAUAUUUUUUGUCCAACUGCAGGAAAAGCAUUCUGGGAUAUUUGAAUUCCACAGUGAUUAAUUACCCCUUUAAGAAAUCUUUUACAGCAUACUUAAAAUAUUUCUUAGGCUUCUAUUCAGCCGUAAUCCCCAGUAUUACAGAGUAAGAUCAUAACACUGGUCAAGUUAAGAAGAUUUAUGUAACCUAAAUUCCACUCUGUGUUUAGCUGACCUACUCAUUUUUAAAUGGCCAAUAAGUUCAUGUAUCAGCAAACGUCAGUAUUGUUCUGUAAGGCUGAACCGUCAUGACUGAAAUGUACAGCAAAAAUUGAAAAAACCUGUUUCAGCCAUUUCCUUAGAAGUGUUUUUAUAUUGUAAAAUCAGAUUACAUUACAAUCAGAAUAUAUUGCUGUAAUUUCAUAAAUAAAUAAGUCUAAAAUGUA